CGCCGCCGGGCCCCGUGUCGGAGUGCGCCCCGCCCCGCCGGGGGAGCCUCGGUCCCUCCAUGAGAUCGCUCGGCGGGGUCCGGCUCUCAGCUCGGAGCGCGCUUGCUGUCGCCCCCCCCUUCCCAGCCGGAGCCGCCAUCGCCGCCUAACAUGAGCAAACUGUCGUUCCGGGCCCGGGCGCUGGACGCGUCCAAACCGCUGCCCGUCUUCCGCUGCGAGGACCUGCCUGACUUGGCCGAAUAUGCCUCCAUUAACCGGGCCGUGCCGCAGAUGCCCACGGGCAUGGAGAAGGAAGAGGAGUCGGAACAUCAUUUGCAGCGGGCUAUCUCAGCACAACAAGUCUAUGGAGAGAAGAGGGAUAACAUGGUUAUACCGGUUCCAGAAGCAGAAAGUAAUAUUGCGUACUAUGAAUCUAUAUAUCCUGGAGAAUUUAAAAUGCCAAAGCAGCUGAUUCACAUACAGCCUUUUAGUUUGGAUGCUGAGCAGCCAGAUUAUGACUUGGAUUCGGAAGAUGAGAUCUUUGUGAAUAAGUUGAAGAAAAGAAUGGACAUCUCUCCUUUGCAAUUUGAGGAGAUGAUAGACAGACUAGAAAAGGGCAGCGGUCAGCAGCCAGUCAGCCUGCAAGAGGCCAAGCUGUUGCUGAAGGAAGAUGAUGAAUUGAUCAGAGAAGUAUAUGAGUACUGGAUUAAAAAGAGGAAAAAUUGUCGAGGUCCUUCACUUAUUCCAGCAGUGAAGCAGGAAAAACGAGAUGGCUCCAGCACAAAUGACCCCUAUGUUGCUUUUAGAAGACGAACAGAAAAGAUGCAGACACGAAAAAAUCGAAAAAAUGAUGAAGCUUCUUAUGAGAAGAUGCUGAAGCUGCGGCGAGAUCUGAGUCGUGCAGUAACCAUCCUGGAGAUGAUAAAAAGGAGGGAAAAAAGCAAGAGAGAGUUGCUGCAUUUAACACUGGAAAUUAUGGAAAAGAGGUAUAAUUUGGGUGACUACAGUGGAGAAAUCAUGUCUGAAGUCAUGGCACAGCGGCAGCCGCUUAAACCCACCUAUGCUAUUCCCCUUAUUCCUGUGACUAACAGCAGUUCUUUUAAACACCAAGAAGCUAUGGAACUGAAAGAAUAUAAAGUUAAACAAGAUAAACCUGAUGUUAUUAGACCCAAAAGAAAGUAUGAGAAGAAACCAAAAGUCUUACCUUCAUCCGCUGCUGCUGCUCCUCAACAGACAAAUCCUGCUGCACUGCCAGUCUUUAAUGCUAAAGAUUUGAAUCAGUAUGAUUUUCCUAGCUCAGAUGAUGAACCUCUUUCCCAGGUUUUGUCUGGUUCUUCGGAGGCUGAGGAAGAAAAUGAUCCCGAUGGUCCUUUCGCCUUCCGUAGGAAAGCAGGCUGUCAGUACUACGCUCCUCAUUUAGACCAACCUGGCAACUGGCCCUGGAGUAGCCCUAAGGAGGGAAGAUUAGGAGAUGUGCGUUACAGAUACUGCUUAACCACCCUCACAGUCCCCCAGAGGUGUAUUGGGUUUGCACGAAGGCGGGUUGGCCGUGGUGGAAGGGUGCUACUAGACAGAGCGCAUUCGGACUACGAUAGUGCAUUUCAUCAUCUGGAUUUGGAAAGCUUUUCCUCAUCGCAACACUCUUCAAUCAGUCAAUUUGCCAAUACCUCAGAAACAAAUACCUCGGACAAAUCUUUCUCAAAAGACCUCAGUCAGAUACUAGUCAAUAUCAAAUCAUGUAGAUGGCGGCAUUUUAGGCCUCGGACACCAUCCCUACAUGACAGUGACAAUGAUGAACUCUCCUGUAGGAAGUUAUACAGGGGUUUAAAUCGAACAGGCACAGCACAACCCGGGACCCAGACAUGCAGUACCUCUAUACAAAGUAAAAGUAGCAGUGGUUCAGCACAUAUUGAAAGUGAAACAUCUUUGGGCCUGGUGCAUCACAUACUAAAUCACACUGAUGGCUCUAAGUCUCUCCAAUCUUCUGAAUUCACUGAAAUGGAGAAGAAUGCCAGUAGAGGGACCAGGAGCUUACACGUGGAUUUUCUGCUUUCUGGGGUAUGCUCCCUGAUUUCUUUUUAAGGAAGCUGGUUAUUGUUGUCAACUUUAAGAGUCUGUAUUUUCCUUCUGGAGGGAAGCACAGUAACAAGUGAGUGACCUCACAGUAAAACUUGCAGCAGUAGUUGGGAGCAGAACUGUGGCUGUUGAUUGUACAAAGGCCCAUCUGUUCAUACAGAUGGCACAGCCAGCCCCCCACAGACACUCACUUGUCACUGGCUUUGGCCACUUCUGGGAAGAACUUCAGUUUUCAGAGAAGCUAAAUGUAAGCUACAGCGUUGUAAGGCUAGUACGGGUUAAAUGUUGUGGUACAAUCAGUGAGCACUGUUAAAAUAUUUAUGUUGCAGUGUAAAACUGCUGCAAAUUAUGGAUCUUUGAAAAGCCCAUUGACAAUAUCACUGUUACUCUGUGCUCUGGAAAGCAAUACCUGCUUAGUAUCAGCAUCCCAUAGAAUUUGGCUGAUAUGUAAACAGAAUCAUGCAAUUGAAAAAUGAUAUUCAGUGGCUUAGUUCAAGCCAAAAAUAGAUAUGUCAUUAUCCCAAAGAGUACAAAUACUUAUAGAAGUGAUUGUAGAGAAACACAUUCAUAGUGCAGUGUGAAAUAGCUCAGUUUUUAAUAAAACAGGAUUUGUAGCUGUCACUAAGAAGAUAGUGAGUCAUUUAUUCUGUCAGUCAGUAUCAGUAAUGUACAGGGUUUCGUUCCUUGUACUCAAAGCUGAAAACUCAUGAAGUUUUUUCUUCUACCUUUCAUUUCUUUUCUGGUCUGUAAGCCCAAAAACAUUUCUUUGCUGCCAAAGUACAGCACCAAUACAGUUGCAGAAUAUUUGUGUGUGUGUUGUCCCAAGCUGUUAAAUGAAGAAGGUAACAGCAUAACAUCAUGUAAUGACUUCAGAUCUGAAGGCUGUCUCACCUGGAAUGUUACCCCUUGAAUCAGUGGGCUGCAAACAAACAAGAAGCAUUUGUAUAGCUAAGUCUCUUAGUAAAGAGUUGCCCAUCUUCUGGUAACCAUCUUGAGAUGUGAAUAACUUCAGGCAGAGUUGUGCUUAAAGGUUCCUCAUGUUUAAGGUUAGAAAAGGAGUUGGGCUAGGUUAACUUAAGAGUCAAGUGACUUGCAUAAAUUACUGAAGGUGUCUUGGAAAGUAUGUAGAAAUUUUGUGGCAAGAUAGAGCUGUUUUCUGUGAAAGACAGUUGAGGUUCUGAAAUGGUUAUAUUCUUAUUUAUUGUGUAUUAAUUAGUAGUAAUGGUUGAGAUUUGCCCCUUUACCCAUCACUCUGUAGUGAUUCUGUGUAGUGGAUGAAACUAGGUAUUGCAUCACUGUUCAAUUAGCUAAAUCCUGCACUAGUAAAUAGUUAUUACUGUGUGAUGAAACCAUGACCACUGAGGUUGGAGCAUGCUGUUUGAGAAGAGUCUGUAAGCACUGCAUCCUUGUUUGGGGCUGCUGAAGCAAGGGCCUGUCUUAAAAUCUCACUUGUCAUCUUUAAACUGUGUUUUAUUUUGUCCCCUUUUUAAACCUCAAGCUGUUAUGUGACUUUUUGUUGCUUUACUAAUGUUAUUUAAAGCCUUAAAGGUCUCCAGUAAUGACAGGAAUCUGUAACUCUGUGUAGUGUAGCAAUACUCUCCUUAGUUACCAGAAAUAUGGUUGCUGAUUUAAAUGUUCAGAAAAGGUCUGGGCUUGCUGCUUGCCUGCUCAUUUUUCAGGCAGAUAAAGAGCAGUGUAUGUCAAAAAGACAUUGACAUUCAUUUUUUCUUCUUCUUCUACAUGUGCCAUUUUUCUUUUGACGCACAUGAAAGGACACAGCUGAAAACCUUUCUCGUUUUUAUAAUAAAAAUGAGAGAAUAAGGCUUUUGGAAGAAGCUUUUUGGGGAUGCUCACUAGGUUUUUUAGAUGAACUGAUGUUAGCAAGAAGCUGAAUUUGGCACAUAUCCAGUUGCAUCAAUGCUACAUUGCAGGCAAGCAGAAAGUAUUCUCUGCAAGCCACAUAACACAUUAAUAGCAUGUUUUUGUGCAGCAGCACAUUCUGUUUGAAUUGAUUCUUUUAAAAAAAGACAGCUGAACUUAGACUUGUUCUUUGAGAAGCUCAGGCUUGUACCUGCAGAUGUAGAGGUACAGUCAGUACACCUGUGACUUCAGUGUGCUGAGCAUAUGUGAUUUCCCCAAUUCCAGUCACACUUGGGUGCCACAGGAAAUGAAUAUGUAAGGUUACAUAGGUGAAAGUACUUUCAUGUAAAGUACAUACAAAUGGGUUUUUACACACGUAGGGAUGGCAGUUUUCAGAAGCAGCUUUUAUCUCACAAUCAUAUGUUUAUUUUUUCAACUGAAAUGUAAUGUGGACUGUAGUGUGAGAGCAGGAGAGGAAGAAAACCGGUGGUAGUGUAAACAAAAUACAUGAUGGCUUUUAACAGGAGAGGAAUAAAGUAACGCUGUCCUAGUUUGCAGGUCUCCAGAAUAAAUUUUUAUUUGGAUAGUUCACAGUAGUAGCAAUGUUUUCAUUAAAACCUUCAAUGCAGUGUUUCUUUAGCAUGGAGAGGGAAGACCUGGCUUAUGUAAAAGCAAUCUAUAACCUGUUCUGGUACAUUAGCAUCUCUGUCUAUGGAAUGGAAAAGGAAUAUCCAUCAGAUUAUUUUAGGAGGCUGUAGAUUGCAGCAGCCCUUUCUGAGCAGUAUUGCCUUUCUAAACUGGAGGCAGCUGAUUCAGAAUUUCAUAGUAAACCCCUGAUAGUGUUGUAAAUAAUACUUUGAAAUGUCUGUUAGACUUUUAUUUUUAAUAAGGUAAGCACCAAAAAUGUUGCUGGGUGUUUAACCUAAAUUGAAAAAACCUGAAAUUAGUUGUUCUUGAGUGUAUUUUCCAGGUACUAUUUUUAAAUGGAGGAGGAGGAUCAGUGAAAUAUAGAUGAGGAUGAUGAGCAAUGAAGUAUAGAUGAGUUCUUCUGUCAGUUGGUUCCUUUGACAGCCGUACAACUUUCCAGAGUGGUGAGAAGCAUACAGCUCUAAGGGUCCCAGGCUGUUAAAAAGAAAAUAACUGAUGUACAAUUUCAAAAAUAGAGCCUUUCAAAAUGUCACUUUUGGAAAGAAUAGAGUGCUUCCAGCCAUUAUUUAGCAUAGUUUUUCCUAAACAAACACAGCUCAUCUCUAUAAGCUUCAUUUGCUGCUGCUGUAAAAGAAAAGAGUAUUUUGGAGGUGGUUAAACCAACACAGGUGACUGUGUUUACCUCAGCUCUGUUUUAUAGCUAGAAUCUUAAAUAUACUUAGGACUGGAAACUGAAAUGAACUACUAAUUUCAGUUAAAUAGGGACAAGUAAGGUGAUUGUGAUGAUGGGAGCUUUAAUCAUAGUUAAAGAUGGUGGUACAGCAUAUCCUUUUUUGCCCUUUUCUUCUUUGUCAUUCUGUGGGUUGUCUUUGUUUACAUCACUUAAGCAAUCUAUUCCUAAGCAAUAUAUUUACAGUGUUAUACUAUAGAAUAAAAUACCUUGUUCAUAGACUCUACUGAGUUGGAAGGGACCCAUCAGUGUCAAGUCCAACUCCUGUCCCUGCACGGGACACCCUGAUAAAUCCUACCAUAAGUAAAUAAAUGGAACCUUCAAUGUCACUGGCGCUAUGUUGCCUAAAUGUAUGUUGAUUUUAAACUUUAGGCUUUGAAAAAACAAUAUAUAUCUCUCAGUACCAGAACAGUAUAUCCAUUUUCCUCCCUCUGUUACUGCUGCUCAGCUUUCUACCUGUUAAUCUUUGUGUGCUAAAGCUUUCUUGCUCUAACUUGUGUUGGAUGGCAGCUUAAAAAAAAAUGUAAAGGAGUUGUAAUUUUUUUUUUUGUUAAAAUUAAACAGUCAUCUCCUUGAGUAUUUGGUCAGUAAAUUCUAGUUUAUUUGGUUUGGGGGGGAGGUUGUUUGUUUGUUGUUUGUUGGGGUUUUUUUAUUUUAAGGACAUUUAUGAGUGAGGUUGCUACUUUUAAGAUAUUCUCCUAGGAAUAAUUUUAAAGUAUUGCAGUGUUACUUAACUGUAGAAGUAAUUGUAAGUAAUUUGUUGCUUGUGGCAAUAUAAAUAAGUGCUGCAUCCUUACUUGCUCAGAGAUGUUACUUAUCAGAAAAAGUAAUGUGAAUGUAACAGCUGAGUAAAAUUUUAUAGCUUCAAGUGUUCAAAUAGGAAACUGCUGGUCAUAAUUUCAGUGCAAUUUCUAGUACUUAAUGUAAGUAGUUUGAACAAUAUUUGAUCACCAGAAAAAGACAAAUACACCAGGAAAAUGCAUGCUCAGCAGUGUGUGCUCUGAUGUUUCCAAAUAUUGCAGCCAUUUAUACUGACUUGUUAUUCAAGUUUAUACAUGAGGUAUAAUUGGUCUUUAGAAUCCUGUUGUAUCCAGAAGCAGGACAUUAUUAUGGUUUUGAUGUAAAUGUGUUUUAUUCAGAAAAGUAAGCCUGAAGGAGUAGAUUAACAAAA